AUACCUCCAAAACCGUCCUCUGUUUUUUUUAAUUUGUCUUUCUCUCUGCACCCUUUUCUAUGAAACGCGUCCUUCUCUGGCGCGAUUCGGUACCACCCCGGCAACAUCUCCAGGUUGAAUCCUCGGAGUUUGAGGGGGUUGUAGUGCCUCCCAAUCCCAUGUGCAAAUCCAAAAGGAGCAUCAACGCAGCGGAGCCCAGUGUCAACCACGGCCGAUCAAACACGCCCAGAAGCUCCCGAGCCACCAGGACGUCCAGGUCGUCUUCUUCUGCGACGGAUCGCAGCAAUUUUAAUCUUCCCACCAAUUACAACACUAGUGGGACUUCCAGGUCAUCUGAGUCGACUCCCGCUUCGCUUUCUUGCAUCAGAGAGUCCUUGCCGGAGAACCCCCACGUCUACGACAUCUCCGAAAUCUGCUCCGCCACCGGCAAUUUUCUUGCCAAGAAGUUCUCCUCCUCCUCUUCCGCUUGGCGCUGCUCUGUCCGCGGCAAAGACGUGGUCAUCUUCCAACGAAAGCUCCGCCGCCCCAUCGAGACUGCGGAAAUUCGCAAACUGCUGUCGGUGAUUUGCAAAAGCCACCAUGGGAGCUUGAUCAAGCUCCUCGGGGCUUCGAUUUCUGGAAACCACAUUUACCUCGUUUACGAUUACGUUGAUGGCGCUAGCCUCGCGGAUUGUCUCAGAAACCCUAGAAACCCUAAUUUCACAGUUCUGUCGAAUUGGGUCUCGAGAAUGCAGAUCGCGGCGGACUUGGCUCAUGGGCUCGACUACGUCCACCACUGCACUGGAUUGGAUGCGAGUUUUGUGCACAAUCGUAUCAGGAGUUCCAGCAUUCUCGUGAUUAACGACUCGUUGAAUGCCAAGAUAUGCCAUUUCGGCACCGCACAACUCUGCGGCGAAAUCGCGGAAGGUACCGGAAAAAAUUCAGGGUCCUCCCAAUUGAAAAGAUCGGGCAGUGCGGUGAUGAAGAUCGAGGGGACGAGAGGGUACAUGGCACCGGAAUUUCAGUUGACAGGAUUGGCGACGCGGAAAUCGGAUGUGUAUGCGUUUGGGGUGGUGAUUUUGGAGAUCUUAUCUGGAGCAGAGGCGUUGAAGUACAUUGCGGACGAUGAGAGUGGUACAUAUAAGAGAGUGAGCGUGAUUGAAACAGCUAGAGAGGCCAUUGAAGCUGAAGGUGGCGGCGGCGGUGGUGGGGUGAGGAGGUGGGUGGACAGCAGGCUCAAGGACUCGUAUCCGGUGGAGGUGGCGGAGAAGAUGGUGCGUUUGGGUCUGGAGUGCGUGGAGGGGGAUCCGGGUAAGAGGCCCAAUAUGAGUGAAGUAGCGGCUCGAAUUUCUAAGCUGUAUUUAGAGUCCAAGAAUUGGGCCGAUCGAAUAGGGAUGCCUACCGAUUUCUCUGUCUCAAUGGCACCUCGAUGAAUCCCUCCAUAGAGUUAUGAUUUAUAGUAAAAUUAGAGCAAGAGCCAGUUGAUUUACAGACACAAACACGCAGCAUUCUUACAGAUGACAUCUAACAUCAAGGUAGCAAUUGAUUACAGUUCAACUUAGGUUUUGUUUUCAGUUAAAGUUCGAAAGUUCACAGAAGUGGAGAUGACACCCUUGUACAGCACUACGCCAUCUCUACCGGGAAUCUAAUCAUUCAGGUUUUCUUUUCUACUGUUUUGAGUCGUGAGAACUUUGAUGUAAUGUGAGGAAAUUUUUUUAUACUGUACAUUUUUUGUCAUAUAUUUUAAACACGGAUAUUUCUUUCAAAUUUCAA